GAGCAGGCAGAUGCCAUCACCACAUCACUGUUGUACUUGAUACCUGACAAACAACACCUGAGGUUCACCUGGCACAGACGGUCAAUAUCAACACCAUUUUCAGCAGCGGCAUCAUGAAGACUCUCCUGCUCCUCAUGGUUCUUCUCUGUGCUGCCCUCCCUGUCAGGGCUGCAGCAGUAGAAGCUGUACCAGAGGACUUGAAUCAAGACAGCGUCCAACUGGAAGGAGAAAAUAAAGUGGAAAUGGCUCCCUCUCCUGUGGAAGCAGAAAAUAAAGUGGAAAUGGCCUCCUCUCCUGUGGAAGCAGAAAAUAAAGUGGAAAUCGCUCCCUCUCCUGUGGAAGCAGAAAAUAAAGUGGAAAUGGCUCCCUCUCCUGAUGACAUGACUGUCGAUGGUGGGGAGAUGGCAGCACAACUUGAAGGUCGAUCUUUCCUUUGCCCCUACGGUUGGGUCGGAUUUAGGAACGUCUGCUAUCAAUACGUGACCUCUGGUAGAUCCUGGACCAGCGCAGAGGCCUACUGCUCACGGUUGGGGGCCUCUUUGCUGUCUGUUCACAACGUCUGGGACUACAGCUACUUUCAGGAACUUACCAGAAGAUCGGGACACACAGCAGUCUGGACGGGAGGAUACUACUUCCAGGGCUGGAGAUGGCUGGACCAAAGCCAGUUUGACUACAAUAACUGGAGCACCGUCAAUGCUGUAAGCCAAUACCAGUGCAUUAAACUCAACAGCAGAGUGGCCUGGUCCAAUAUAAACUGUGCUUCUGUGUUGCCGUUCAUCUGUGUGAGAAGAUCUGAUACCUGCUGAUUACCAUGUCAAGAUCCGGAUCUGCAUUUCAGAGUUGUUUCCUGUUAUAAGACAACAAGAAUAUAAGGAAAAUUUCAAUAGGCAAGUAAUAUAUAUGAGGCAAAGAGAAGGAAUUAUUCACAUACAGGAUGUGAUGUUGAAAAAGUGCUAAUAUAAAAAUCUUGCUUAGAUCAGUAGAAAAAUGGGUCAAAUUAAAAGGGGGUGGGGGCUAAUAAGUGGAUCGUGUAUGUGUUUUGCUGAAGUCCUUAAACACCUCUCAAGUCUCAGUAGUAACAGAACAAAAACAACCUGUCCAUUUCUUUCAACUGUAAAUAGAAAAAGAAAACGACAGAUCAGCCCUAUUUCUUCAUGUAAAAAUCAAAGCUUUUGAAUGGUAUGACUGUUGAAUGUUUUUAGUUACAUGGACAUGUAACUAAAAACUUGUUUUAUUUUUAAUAACAUGUUUCAAUGGAUUUGCUUUUAAUAAAGGAUUUUUUAUGUA